AGGAGCAUAAAAGUUCGGUGUGGUCAUGAUAGCUUCAUCGUUCAAUUACCCCUGAACUGCGGUACAUACACGAUACGCACCUACUGAGACUGAGAGUACCACCGCCAUGUAUUUUCGAAGCGCCCACGUUGAGACUGACAUCCCGGCACUGCGUGGUUUCAUCCGCGAGAAUCCGUUGGGAAUCCUCAUCACGACAUUACCUUCGCCCAACUACCCCACGCUGCAAUGCACCCACAUUCCGUGGCUGCUCGAUAUGGCCGAUGAAGACAGCCAGACGGAGCUCGGCACGCUACGGGGCCAUCUAGCCAAGCAGAAUCCGCACUCCAAAGCCAUGCAAGAGGCCGUCGAACGUGCCUCGGACACGUCUACGAAUGGCAGACUCGAACAAGAGGUGCUAGUGGUCUUUACUGGUCCCGUGCAGUCCUAUGUCACAACCAAGUUCUACACGGAAACCAAGCCAACGACCGGCAAGGUGGCGCCGACGUGGAACUACUCUGCCGUACAGGUCUACGGGCGCGCGACAAUCUUCUUCGACACGAAGGCGGAUUCAACCGCCGCCUUUCUUAACAAGCAGCUUGUCGACUUGUCUGAGCAUACCGAGCGUAACAUCAUGGGCUACACCGGCGUCGACGGUCGGCCAGCACCGUGGGAGGUUACGGAUGCGCCCAGCUCUUUCAUCAACAUUCUCAAAAAGAGCAUCACCGGUGUCGAGAUCACCAUCGACCGCCUCGAGGGAAAGCAUAAGAUGAGCCAGGAGUUGAGCGUUGGGGACCGCGAGGGUGUCAUUGAAGGCUUCGAGGCUCUUGGGACCGACGAUGGCCUUCGAAUGGCCAAUGUUGUUCGGGAGAGGGGCGCCAUGAAAGACGCACAGCGAGCAGAGGAGAAGCGUCUUAGGCAAAAGGAGUGAAGGGAAAUGGGGGGGUAAGGCGGGCCGCUCCCGACCCCUAAACAAUACCACGUCUCGCGAGGGUGGUUUAAGAACAAAAGAAUUAAGAGGGCAUUGACCGUUAGGUGGUAGAUAGAUGAAUGCAGCAUUCCUCUCCCCGCCGUCUUCAACCUCGAAAUCCUCAACGUUCCAGAAUAGCCUUCUCGACUACGACGGAAC